AAGACACACACCCACCACCCAAUACAACCCGCUAAAACACCAUCAAAACAUGUUUUACGAACUCAUGGCUAUUGCGCGGAUCUCGGACCCGCUCAAGACAAACAAGGAGACCGUGAAGAUCGUGUCGACCUUGGGUAGAUUGAUCUUGGCCAACAGAGGGGUCAUCAGAAACAUCACCAACAUGGGCCCAAAGAACCUCCCUAAAUUGGUCAGAAAGGACCAGGAGAGACAUUUCCAAGGGUACCACUUCAUGAUGAGUUUCGACUGUUCGUCCAAGGUGCAGCAGGAAUUGUUGAGAACUUUGCAAAGAGAUCCAAGAGUGCUCCGCGCCAACAUAGUGAAGAACGACAUGAACAAGGGGUUGAACCAAGGCACAUCUUUUGAAAGAGCCUACCAAAGCAUUUCCAAGGAAUAGAGAUCCGAUUAAUCUGUAUAUAGUAAUGAUAAG